CAAAAUCACAACAAACUUUAAUACGUUUCCUCUGUUUUGAAACUUUUAGUACGAUUUUUGUCGUCACCGGGUUUAUCACGCGCGCACAUUUCGAGUGGCUCACGCCGUGCGGGUUUUGAGACAUCUUGUUGCAGAAGAGCAAUACACGUGGGUUCUUAUUUGGCUUAGUGAAGUGAUUGCAAUUAAAGUGAGAAGUGUCCAUUAGGAUCUGAUAGUGGAAAAUUAUAUCUACAGGGCAGUUGCCGAAUGCUAUAGAUUCCCGUUUCAACUAAGUGUUACAAUUACUAAUGGAAAGUGUUUGAUCAAACAACAUCGUUGAAAAGAAAAAGAAAAAAAGUGCCAGUGCUUUGGUUUACAUUUUUCCACCUUCGUUGAAACGCUUAUCGAAGCUUACUGUGCGAUCCUGUACCAGCAGAUACUACAUUUACGCACAAACGCACCCACCCGGUGAUCGACCAUGGCGAACGUGAUACAUAAUGUUGUGGGUCUAAUAGGAUUAUUAAUAGCCUAUUCAGCAACACAGACCGGUGCCAUACGAGUGUAUUGGAACACGAACACUGGUCCCAUUGUGCCACCUACGACGACACCAGUGCCAGUACCUCAACCGCCCUUCCGGGAUCCGGCACCGGUGUGGGAAGAUCAAUCAGAUGAUGUUCCUAAUCCUAAUCCUUACGUAUACAUCCUCCCACCUCCAUCACGACCCAAAUACAACGACAUCCCAGUGUCACAGCGUCAGCAUAGUCACGAAUCAAACACUGCUCAGCCAACCACAGCUGCACCUGCUGCCUCGACAACACUUUCCCCAACCGGAAAAGUAAUCGAAAAACCAGAGCAAAACAAACCAAGUCCCGCUGGGCAGAAUCAGCUACCAAAUCAGCAGCUCACGACGGUAGCCCCACAACAACAACAGCCGCAGUUCCAUCAGAGGCCACAACAUGUAGUGCCCAGUCUUGCCGUUCAGUAUGUGCCCAACCAGGGCUUCAAGUACUACGCCGUCAUUCCAGUGAACAGCGAGAACCCAAGCAAGAGUGCUUAUCUGAAAACGAAUGACGCUCUGCUGGGCAAGCAGCACGAACGAUAUGACAAACCAAACGGAAGGUACAACGCCAAGCUCAAGAAGUACAAAGCCUUCGAGAAGGUGAAAUACGUGCCGUAUUACAUGUACUACGAUGUGCCAAAACAGCAGUACGUCUUGUCGAGCAUUCCUCCGAAGGCUGUAAAUAAUAAUUAUAAUGGUAAUGCUAGCCCUAAUAGUCUGUAGCGUGGAUGACGGCGUUUCAGCUGAGAAAGCUGUUUAGUAGCAUUUAAAAAGUAACGUGAAGAAAUUUAUCGACAUGGUAGUGACAAAAUCGUUCACAAAUUAUCGACUAAAAGACACUAAAAGACACAUAAAAUGAGACUAAUGUUCAAACCAUAAAGUGAUAGCAGUGAAUAAAGUUUUUCCUGACAAAUCGUUUGAAUAACGAGAACUUUUUUGUUUCUCACCGUUGGUUUUUGGAAAGUUUCCAAAAAUUGUUUUUAUUAAUUAUUCCAAAUAUGUGAUCAUUGGUCAUCAAGCUUAAGAGAAAUUUGAUGAUGUUGAUUCAAGAAUCACUUUUAUUGAUAAAAGUCUUUGAAAGCCGUAUUGUAGUUUUGCGAUUUUUAACAGAUAGCUCAAUUGAUUUGGAAUUUUUGACAACAGGUCGAAAACAUAGAUGAUAAAAAAAAACAUAAGAUUUCUUAUUCCAUACCACGACAACCCAAAAGAGGUCUCUGGUUUACAUUUCCAAUUCGAUUACGAACAACUUCUUCGAAGACAUCAUAAGUCUUAAAUCUACGAGAAUAGAGAAAACACUCUUUUCCUUCUAAAUUGUAGAUUUGGACCAUUGUGCAUUCCGUGGUUUAAGAAUUAGUUAUUGUAAUAAUUGUGCUUAAUUUUCUUUUUUUUAAUCCAGAAAUAGUCCAGAAACAUAAAACCGAUUUGGUACACUUCUUAAUCUUAAUGAAUUUAUAUAAAAUUUGGACAAAAUAAUUCUUUUAGAAUGGAAGUCUCAAAAUAUAAAUAAGUACCUAACAAUCCAAGAACUUUUUGAAAAUGUGGAUAGGCCCAAAAUGUACACCGUGUUGACUACUCCGUGAAUUUGUCGCGAAAAUUUGUGAACUAUUUAUCAAUUUGGGUAUCAUUUAUAGAAACAAAAAAUCAAAAUGAUCAUUGGGCUAAUGCAUAUACAAAUUGU